AUGGGGACCUUCAAUCUAUGGACAGAUUACCUGGGUUUGGCACGCCUGGUGGGGGCUCUGCGUGGGGAAGAGGAGCCUGAGAUCAGGCUGGACCCCCAGCCAGAACCAGCGCCAGGACCAGAGGAGGGUCAGACACACAGCCCGGAAUCCUCACCAGCUCCUGAACGCCUGUGCUCUUUCUGCAAGCACAACGGCGAGUCCCGGGCCAUCUACCAGUCCCACGUGCUCAAGGACGAAGCUGGCCGGGUGCUGUGCCCCAUCCUUCGAGACUACGUGUGCCCCCAGUGUGGUGCCACUCGCGACCAUGCCCACACCCGCCGCUUCUGCCCGCUCACCGGCCAGGGCUACACCUCCGUCUAUAGCUACACCACCCGCAACUCGGCUGGCAGGAAGCUGGUCCGCUUGGACAAGGCGAGGACGCAGGACUCCGGACACCGCCGAGGAGGAGGUGCCUGUGCAGGUUCCAAAGGUGCCGGGAAGCCUACUGGAACUAGCCCCUCUUCCUGCUGUCCCUCCACUUCUGCCUAA